AUGUUACUCCUCGAAAUUUGUAAAUGUGACAAUAAGUUCUUUGAUUUGUUUAGACAUAUUUCAUUAGAAUAUUGCACUCCUCAUAUCAUUGAUGAAAUAUAUAAUUUUUCAGUUGAAAAUUCGUUCGAAUCAAUUCUUCUACAGAUUUAUAAAGACACGCUGAAACACUAUCAUUCAAAUAUACGAAAUAAAAUUGAACUCGCUAAUAACUCUGAAUCAUCAUUCGAAAAACCUAUAGCUAAACCAAAAUUUGAAAUUUCUAAUCCAUCAAAUUCAUAUGUAUUUUUGCUUGCUUCUAAAGAAAUCAAAAUGGAAUAUUCAUCAUCAACUCGUUGUUGUGGAAAAUUAACAGAUAUAAAUACUUAUACUACUCAUGAUGAUUUCCAUACCCAAAAUUCUGAAAAUUCAUGGAUUAGAGCGGAUCUCAAAGGAUAUAAAUUAAAACCAAAUUCUUAUAUUUUGCUAUCAACAUACUCUGAUAGCCGUCUUUUGAGAUAUUGGAGGUUGGAAGGUAUAAAAGAAGAUGGAUCAACUGUUGUUUUAGAUAAUAAAGAUUAUGCAUUUAAGACUAUGGAAACCAAGAAAUUCCCUCUCCAAACAAACAACUAUUUUGUUGCUUUCAAAAUUAUUCAUACAGGAAAGAACCAAACUGGUAGCUAUGAAAUCAAUGUUCAAGUUUUUGAUUUCAAAGGUGAAUUAAUAAAAAUUUAA